AUGUCAAAAAUCGCUAAUCGGGUUAUAUUAAUACCCCAAAAGGUAAAAAUUAAUUUAGGAGUGGGAACAAUUUCCGCCGAAGGACCAUUAGGGAAAGGUGAAGAAUUAAUCAUUCCCGCCAAUUUAGAAAUUAUUAAUCAAGAAAAUAACUUAAUCACUAAAUCUACUAAUUAUGCCCUGGCUGGCACUUAUAACGCUUUAAUCUCUAACAUGAUAAAGGGAGUGGUAGAAGGUCACGAAAGUAUUGUGGAAGUAAAAGGAGUUGGAUACAAAGUAUUCUCCAAGGAAGGAAAAUUGGAAUUUUUUUUAGGAAAAUCUCACCCUGACUAUGUGGUUAUCCCACCUGAAUUGGAAGUAAAAGUUACAGGUAAUAAAAUAACAAUUAAGGGCAAGGACAAGCAAAAAGUUACUAAUUUGGCCGCUGCUAUUAGAUGCCUGCGUCUUCCCAACAUUUACAAGAAAGACAAAGGAAUUUAUUAUUUAGGCGAAGCCAAAACUAUCAAGUUGAAAGCCGGAAAAAGUACCUUAAUUAAAGGUUCCCUAGAAAGACCACGGGUAGUUUUGAGUGAAUCAAACCGCUAUUUACGAGUUCAAGCCAUCGAUGACACAGUAGGUAACACUCUCCUUUAUUCUUCAACCGAGGAUUUUUUAGAGGGGAAUAAUAAUUUCUCUCGCAAGAAUAAGGAUUAUGCCAAAAAGUUGGGAGAAUUGUUUGCCGAUAAAUUGAAAAAAGAAGGCAAAGAAAAAAUUGUUUUUGACCGCAACGGUCGCCCUUAUCAUGGGAAGAUAGUGGAAAAUUAUUCAGCCCCUGGAACCGAAAAAAACAAUUCUGGGGAAGUAAAAUUGGCGGCUGCAGAAGAAAAAAAAAACUCCGUUUCCAAGGAGUCAGGAAAAGAAUGGGGUAAUGGUAGGAGAUCACCACGUUCUUAUCUCAAAAGUGAAGUAUUAGCCAACAAAAGGGUAGUAAAAGUAACUAAAGGUGGUCGCCGAUUUAGUUUCACUAGUUUAGUUUUGGUAAAAGACGAAGAAAAAAAAGCGGUGGCCUUUGCCCACUCGGGUGGUAAAGAAGUAAUUGUUGCUUUUCGCAGUGGUAUCAAGGCCAGCGGAGCCCUUAGCCGAUUAUUCAAGUUCUUGGAAAUUAAAGAUGUCAGUGCGAAAAUAAUUGGUUCCCGACGAAAUAAACUUAAUAAAAAAAAAAUUGUUGGUCGGGGAAUUGGUUCUGGUCGGGGAAAAACCAGUGGUCGUGGCCAAAAAGGACAAGGGUCUCGGAAAAGUGGUCAUGUUCGUCCCGGUUUUGAAGGAGGACAAACCCCAGUCUACCGGGCCUUUCCCAAACGAGGUGGGGGCUUUAAAAAAAAAACUCCUCAACGGGUAGUUAAUUUAGAAAAUUUAGAAAAAGAUGAAAGAGUGGUUGCUGGCCAAGUAAUGGAUUUUUCGCAGGAAAAGUUGCCUGUCAAGGUAUUAGGAGAAGGAAAUUUUACUAAAAAUUUAACUAUUAAAGCUGCCGCUUUUUCGCGGCAAGCUAAGGAAAAAAUCACCCAAGCCGGCGGAGCCAAAAAAAUUUCCUUUCCUAAUCAAUGGAUGCCUCUAACGGACAAGGGUAAAGCUCCUGCUAAAGGCAAUCUAUUUUUUUCCGGUCAAACUGAAAAGGUGAAAGUUUUGAAUAAGUCGAACUCUGAUUUUUUUAAGUUCGUUAGUGCUUGGCCUCAUGAAAUACUGACAAAAUGUCAGCAAUCCCAAAGGUGUGUUAAUAUUGGGGUUGACCUGUUUGAUUUUCGGUCGGGGGAAAAAGAAAGUUUUUUUGAUUUAGGAAGGGCUAGAAAAAAAGAACUUAGAGAAAAAAAUAUCACCUCAUUGGAAGGGGACAAAAUACUUAAAUUGGUUGAUGUUAAUUAUAACCAAGAAGUUAAAGAAUUUAUUCAACACAACCCCAAUUCUAAAUUGCUACUAGUCAACUAUCCCCAUAAUGAGCAACAAUUUACUUCUUUGAGUUCCGAAUUAGCCAAAGAGGGAAAGAAAAUAAAUAACAUUAUUCUCUUAAAUAUUUCUAAUUAUGAACUAAUAUUGAAGAUAAAAGACCAGUAUCUAAUUUGUCCGCUUUGUGAAAAGAUAUACCAAAAAGAGGAGACAAUAAAAGAAAACGAGAAAUUUGUUUGUCCGCAGGAUAGUGAGUAUCAGUUUUCUCCGGAAGAUAUAAGAAAAUUUAGUGAAUAUGUUAUUGAGUAUCACUUAAAAAAUACUGAACUAAUAAUUAAAAAAUUUCUCUCCGAAAAUAAACUUACCACUUCCUCCAUCAUUCAAUUAACCAUUCAAAAAAAGGAAGAAAUCUUUACUGGAGAAACCCAAAAAAACUUAUUAAAAGUUAUAGAAAAUAGUAGUAAAUAUAUUAAUAAUUUUAGUGAAUACCAAAAAGCACUUCAAUUUUUAGAGGAUGGUUGUGAUUGCGGUUGUUAUUCUGUCCUACCCAAAGAAAAGUUUGCCAAGUUAAGAGCAGAUUUUCAAUCUCUCUCCAAACCCGAACAAGAUGCCUUUGUAAUGGCUAAUCUUAUUUCCAUGGGUGAGGGAGAAACCACUACUAGCAUAAGUCUUAAAUAUUUUGAAAGCAUCAAAAGUCAUUUAUUAGAUAAAGGACUAUCAACUAGGGUUCAUGGCAACACUGGAAAGAUACCUAUAAGAAAAACAAAGAUGGUAAUCGAUGAAAACAUUAAGGAAAAGAUAAAGGAGUUCAUUCUAAGUUAUGCUAAAACUCAUGGCUUACCUAAUCCAGGCAGGAGCAAAGGAACCGACAACAUAGCUAUCUUUUUACCUACUGAAAUGAGUUAUAAAUCACAACUAACUCCUCAAAUUGGAUUUAUGUCUCCUCGUUCUGAUUUGUGUGAUACUUGCCAUAAGUUUAGAGCCCGAUUAGAAAGGGAUUAUUACAAUCAGAAUACUAGAUUAGUAGGAGAGCAAAAAGAUAAUGCUAUCGCUCAUUAUAGUUUCGAUUGGUCGCAAAAUAUCCAAGUUCCUCACUUCGACCAACAACCUAGUCAAAUGUAUUUUCUUACGGCUCAUAAAGUCCAUUUAUUCGGAAUACAGAAUGAGGCAAAUGGAGAGCAAAUUACUACCUUUUUCAUAUUUUUUACUUUCAUAAAGAAUUUAAUAAAUCCCGAGGCGAAUCCCUUAAAGAACAAUGAAAAAACAACAGUUUCAACUACCAACAAACUAAAACCUGAAUUAUCCCUUGGAUUAACCCCCUGA